AUGCAUUCCAAAAUCCUAAUCUCCGCUUUCAUCUCUGCCCUAAUCCCCUCCAUCUCUGCCCACUCCGUCAUCACCGUCGCCGUAGGAAACGAAGGCGGCCCCGUCGGCGCAGGUCUAGGAAUGGACCCUUCAAUCCCACGCACAGGAACCAGCGGCGACCCAUUCCAACAAGACUCCACAGUCUUCGGCGGCCAAAGGAACAUCCAAUCCGCCAAAGGCUGCGGCCGCACGCCCCGCGGUGGACCCAAUAAAGUCCAAGAACAAGUUCUAGCAAUGGCCAAAGCCGGAAAAAUCCCCCAAGUCCGUCAAGGUGGAGAAAUCCGUUUCACUCUACACCAAGUCAACGCUGACGGUGCGGGUCCUUUUAUCUGUAUGAUUGAUACCACGGGUACCGGAGAUAGCUUUGUGGCUAUGGAGGUUUCUCAACAGGUCGCUGGUGCUGGUGGUGUUAACCCUGCUCGUGAGGCUUCUACGAACGCCCUUUUUGCUAGGUUUGGUGCGACUACUACUUGUACUGGUGAAGCCGAUGGUGUUAAAAACAUCUGCAUGGUUAGAUGCCAGAACGCGGCUGGUAACGGACCGUUCGGAGGGUGCGUGCCAGUACAAAUUGUUCAGACCGUCGGUGCUCCAGAGAAUACUGCGAAGCCGGUGCCUCCUGCUGAGAAUACUGCGACGCCGUUGCCUCCUGCUGAGAAUGCGCAGGGCGGCAAUGCGGGAAACAACAAUGGCGGAAAUAAUAACAAUGGUAACAAUAACGGGAAUAACAAUAACCAGAACGGUAAUAACGGGAAUAAUAAUAACGGCAAUGGGAACAAUAACGGUGGAAAUAACAACAAUAAUAACGGCGGCAAUGGCGGUAACGUUAAUAACGGAAACAACAAUGGCAAUAACAAUAACAAUAACAAUGGCAAUGGCAAUGGCAACAAUAACAAUGGGAAUAAUAAUGGGAAUAACAAUAACGGGAAUAACAAUGGGAAUAACAAUGGCGGAAACAAUGGCAAUAAUAACGGCGGAAACUUCAACAAUGGCAAUGGAAAUGGCAAUGGAAAUAAUAACGGUAAUAACAACGGUGGGAACUUCAACAACGGCAAUGGCAACAAUGGCAACAACAACGGCGGAAACAAUGGCAAUAACAACGGCGGGAACAAUGGAAACAACAACGGUGGAAACAAUGGCAAUAAAAACGGUGGAAACAACGGCAAUAACAACGGUGGAAACUUCAACAAUGGCAAUGGAAACAAUGGAAAUAACAAUGGGAACAAUAACGGCGGAAACUUCAAUAACAACAAUGGAAACAACGGUGGAAAUGGUGGAAACUUCAAUAACAACAACGGUAAUGGCAAUGGCAAUGGCAAUGGAAACUUCAACAAUAACAAUGGAAAUGGAAAUGGAAAUGGAACCGGAAACAACGGAAACGGUAAUGGAAAUAACGGCAACAAAGCCAAGCGAUCCGAAAUUACCUACAUCCGCAGACGCUGGUUCCAGUAG